AUGGCAUCCCAACCGCCCCAAGAACCAACACCUACAGCAACAUCAACACCCUCCACCUCCGCCUUGGCGUCACUCCCCCCACACCUCGAUCCAACCACAUACCCACGCACCCUCACCUCGCCCACGCACAACAUCCACCUCGAACUGACCUACUCCCCCCUAAACCCGUCGCAGGCGCUCACACACACCUCCUCCCCAGCCGCGGGCGCCAACGUCCUCUUCCUCGGCACAACACGCGACACCUUCGAGGGCCGCGCCGUCUCGCAGCUCAGCUACACGUGCUACCCGCCGCUGGCGCUGAAGACGCUACUGGACAUCGCGACGAAGGCGGCGGAGAAGUUCCGUCUAGAGGGUGUGUAUAUUGCGCAUCGGUUGGGGGUGGUUCCGAUCCAGGAAUCGUCGAUUGUCGUGGCGGUUAGUGCGGGCCAUCGGGGGAUGGCGUGGCGGGCUGGCGAGGAGGUGCUGGAGGAAGUCAAGGCACGGUUGGAGGUUUGGAAGCGGGAGGAGUUUGUGGAUGGGGGGAUGGAGUGGAGGGAGAAUCGGGAGAGGGAUGCGGAGGGGAAGGUGGUGGCUGAGAAGCAGGAGGAGAGGGAGUAG